CUUCGUUUCAGCUUCUCCGCGAGAGAAGAAACACCAACGAUGAGCGAGCUCCAGUCCUGCGAGCCACAAAUGUCGCAGGCUGGUGGCUUCGACGGAGGAGCGAUGGCAGGCGACCGGUGGUGGCGAGCGGCGAGAUAUUUCCGGACGGCGAGCUUCGUUCCCAGCGGCGGCGAUUCCGGAUAGAGGGAAACCAACCUCCGGCGAUGGUGGAGGUUCCAGGCGGCGAUGGCGGAGGUUCCACUUCCGGCGAGCUCGAUUUCAGCGAACAGAGACCUCAGCGAGCUCGUGGGAACGACCAGGCAGCUCCAAGACCUUCGGCGAGCUCCAAUCGACGGCGGCGGCGGGCGGCGGCGGCGGACGGCGGCAGACGGCGAACUCCGGCUCUGAUACCACUGUAAGGUAUGGAUUCCGUCUCCGGCUCAGGUCUUUCUACACACUACUCACAUACACCACACUAGGAGGAAGCUAC